CAGUUGAAUCAUAUUUCCUUAAUGUUUUUAAUAUUAAUUACUAUUAGAAUAAGACUUCUUCAUUGAUGUUUUGGAUUUUUACACCUGCAAGGCAUAAAUCAAAUUAAAAUGGAAAAUAAUAUCUUUAACUGCGUUUUAUGCUCAUUGUUUAACAAUGACUGAAUCAACAGUAAUUACGAAAACAAGUAGAAGUCAAUUAAAAUAAAAUUAAAGCCGUCUUUUAAUAAAAACAAGAUGGGAAGAACACAAAGAAAGAGGCGCCACAAGAAUUUGCUCAACUUUUACUCCUGCAAUAACGAAAAGGAUUUAAUAUUAUUGAAUUCUUGGCUAAAGAAAAAUGGAGUUCGCUACAAUAAGAAACUUGUAUUGGCCGUUUUCAGUGACACCGGUCGGGGAGUUCUAACCAAAAAGAAAAUAAUGGCGGGAGAAGAGCUAAUGAACCUGCCGCUUAAUUUAACUAUUAACGUAACUAGCUUAUUAAUGGAUGUUGUAUUUUGUAGUAUUUUUUUAGAAAACAAAAUUCCCUGUUUACUAAAAUACAAUUAUAAAGUGUCAUUUCAAUCGCUUAUGGCAUUUUAUCUAGUAUACUUAAAAUCUCAAGGAAAUGAAUGUAAAUGGUACAUUUAUUUGGAGAGUUUGCCAAAAGUGUAUACAGUACCAUAUUUUUUGCCAAUAGAGAUAAAAAAACAUAUUGAUGAUGAAAUAUUAGAUGUGAUUACAAAGCAAACAAAUAUAAUUGAACAUUCAUUUCAUAUUUUUGAUGAAAUUUUAAAAAAUACCUUAUGUAAUACUGUUCAAAAUUUUAAAUCUUAUUAUUCAAUAUCCCAUUAUGAAUGGGCCUAUUUUACUGUUAAUACAAGAUGUGUCUAUAUGGACUUAACAAAAGUGAUUGACUUACAAAAUAUUAAUAAUUCCAUUUUAUCUCUAAUUAAUGAUAAUACUAAAAUCUCUUUAUGUCCUUAUUUAGAUAUGAUAAACCAUAGUCCAAGUGCGAGAAAUGAAACAAAACUCAUGAUAAAUAAAGAAGUAGGUGUAAUGCCCGUUACUAAAAUAGAUGAGAGUAUAUUUUCUGAUGUAAGAUUUUCUAUAUACACAAAAAAUAAUUUUGAUCCAUAUACACAAGUUUUUAUAUGUUAUGGAGACAGUCAUAACUUAAAAUUGAUCACAGAGUAUGGAUUUUAUUUACCUUCAAAUGAUAUAGAUUUUGUAUUGUUUCAAUUUGAUAAAAUUAAUAUAUUUUUGAAUGCAGUAAGUAUAAAACUUUCUAAUGAUCAAUUAGCAUUUAUCAAUAACCAUGGACUGAAUAAAGAUUUGUAUAUUGAUUUAAGAGGCCUAAGUUUUAAUUUUUAUGGUCUAUUAAUGGUCAUUAAAUAUUAUUAUGACAAAAAUGUAGAUAUAAGUAGAUUAAUAUAUUCCGCUGCUAUUUGUUCUAAUGAUAGAGUCCUAAUAGAAUUUAUAAAGCCAAUGGUCAAUGAUAGACUUGUAAAUAUUCAAGCUGCUCUUAGUAAAUUAAGCAAUUUUAGUAAGUGUUUUACUUUAGAAAAUUGUACAAAUCUUAUGUGUCAGUAUGUUAAAAUAUUAGAGAAGUUUAUUAAAUGUUAGUAUAUUUCUUAGAA